AACUAACACAACCAACAAACAAGAUUCACCUUCUAAUUGAUUUUCUCUCUCCUGAAAAAAUUUCCUGAAAGCUCUAAAAAUGGCGCAAGUUGCACAAAUGACAUCAAUCUUACCAACCCACAACCUAAAACGGGCCGGGUUAAGGUGUGGUCAAUCCCACCUCUCGAGACCCAGCAAAUGGGCUUCGGUUCGGGCCGUUCAUGUUCAAGAAAGAUCAGCGGGAACGACGACAAAGAUUCAUUUGUCUAACCUUAACAAGUUGUUAAACAAAGAAGCUGCACCACGGCCGCCAAUGGUACCCAUUGAGCCCGUUUUAAAUAACGAGCAGCAAUCGGAUAGCGGCCGUGGGCGGAGGCUCCUAGACGGGCUCAACCUGUCCCAUAUAUGGCCUGAUGGGAUACCGGGCCGGGCUGCGGAGGUGGCAGCUGAAAUGUCCCCUCGUCGCCUGACCCGGAUCCAGCAGAUGUUGUUGAAGCAGCAACCCGAGUACUCCCCUCGCAAUCACUUGGGAAAGCGGUGGAGGGAGUACCAUGGGAGCCGGGAUUGGGAGGGUCUCCUUGAUCCUCUCGACGAAAAUCUUCGUCGAGAGGUGAUUAGGUAUGGGGAAUUUAUACAAGCAGCUUAUCAUGCCUUUCACGCAGACCCCGCCACUACUGAGGCGGGGAUCAACACGUGGAGGGAUGUUGGGUUACCUGAUAAUUCAUAUCAGGUAACCAAAAGUUUGUAUGCAACAUCAUCAAUUGGCCUACCUAAGUGGGUGGAUGAUGUGGCACCCGACCUAGGGUGGAUGACCCAACGAUCUAGCUGGGUCGGAUAUGUGGCAGUCUGUGAAGACGAGCGUGAGAUUGCUAGGAUGGGAAGAAGAGACAUUGUUAUCUCCCUCCGAGGAACCGCCACAUGUCUCGAGUGGGCUGAGAAUUUCCGGGCCCUACUAGUUCCCAUGCAAGAAGGUUCGGAUUCCGAAGAUCAAGCAAAGGUGGAAUGUGGGUUCCUAAGCUUAUUCCAAACCCAAGGGGAGCACACCCCAAGCCUAGCCGAGACAGUAGUACAAGAAGUUAGACGGUUAUUAGAAAUGUACAAAGGUGAAACAUUAAGUAUUACCAUAACCGGGCAUAGUCUCGGGGCGGCCCUAGCCCUUCUAGUGGCCGACGAGAUUAGCACCUGCGCCGCGGAGGUCCCUCCCGUGGCGGUAUUCUCUUUUGGAGGGCCACGGGUAGGAAACCGCGCCUUUGCUAACAAGAUAAAAGCCAACAAUGUGAAAGUGCUAAGAAUUGUGAAUAAUCAAGACGUGAUCACGAGGGUGCCAGGAAUAUUUAUGAGUGAAGAGGUUGAACAAAACCUACGAGACAAUGCUUCACAAGUAUCGGGUGUUCUUGAAUUCCUAGACAACAAUUUGCCUUUGGCAUACUCACACGUUGGAACGGAGCUUAAAGUUGACACUAAAAUGUCACCUUAUUUGAAACCUGACGCUGAUGUAGCAUGUUGUCAUGACUUAGAAGCGUACUUGCACUUAGUAGAUGGUUUCAUGGCUUCAAAUUGCCCAUUUAGAGCAAAUGCUAAACGAAGCUUGUUUAAGUUGCUAAGUGAGCAAGGUUCUAAUGUCAAGAAAUUGUAUACAAGUAAGGCAAAGUCCUUGACUUUGAAAAUUGAGAAUGAUGGAGUAGUAUCCAUGUCUAGGUGUUUGCCUAGUCCUUCUCUACAACAUAAAUAAAAAUUACUGCUAUUUUCUUCCCCCAAAAAAAGGAGUGGGAGAAAAUUCAUUUUUGUACA